AUGAGCAUCAACGCUGCUAAACAACAAAUGAGCUUUCUGGGAUCAAUUCUGGAAUCAUACGAAGAUCUGGUAGUUGGGAAAAUUGGAAAUUCCGAACUAACAAAGGAAGAUUACGACCAGAUCUAUCCAGAAGGGAUGGAACUUAUUGAUCUGAGAUGGAGCAGAGAGGAAUCACCAAGGUUGAAACAAAUUGAAGAUAAUUUUGAGAAAGAGAAGUCAAGAGCAUGUGUUGUGAUCCAAGAUGAUGAAGGGUAUGACUGGAGUAAAGUUCUUCCAGAAGAGGAUGCUGUCGGUUACACGUUCACAGCACAUGGCAAAACCGAAUCAACGAAUAAACAUAGUGCAUUUGUUGCUGUUGUGAAAGAGAAAACAAAAGAAGAGAUUCUAAAAGAGAAGACAUACAAAGAGAGAUGUAUUGUUAGGUAUCGAAUUGAAGAGAUGGAGAAAGAAUAUGAAGAAGCGAAGAAUUAUGGAAAGUAUGACAAGAAACGAGAAUGUUAUGUCAACAGCAAAGGAGAACCAGUUGUCCAUCAAAAGGAAGUGGUGUUUGAUGACGUUCUUGCAGUAAUCCAUCUAUCCGACGAGUACUAUUCAAAUGUUGCGAAAGAUAAACAUUAUGAGAAAAAACGGGAUAAAAUCAUGAGAGAUGUUGCUGAGGAGCAGAAGAGUGAAUGUGAAAAGGAAGAAGAAGCAGUUGGUGAAGAAGCUGUUACUGAAAAACAGCAGAAUGAAGAAGAUCUGAAGAAGAAAGAAGAAGCUGAUAAGAAACUUGAAAGUUUAGUUGAAGUGAUCGAUGCUGAUGAUGUUGCUAUGGAAAAACAAAAGAAAGAAGCAGAUCAGAAGCAGACUGAAGAGAAAGCCGAAGUACCAAUCACUAAGCAACAAGUUGUAAAUUCUUACAUUGAAGAUGUUGCUAAGAUAAAGCGUAAAAUAGCUGAUUUAGAACAAGAUAACAACAAGUUACACAGUUAUCACGCUUCAUCAUAUGUUCUUGAACGCAUUUUCAAUCUAAAACCGAAUGGUAGAGAUUCUGAGCAAAACAAGAAAGGUAUUGGCUCAGAGUAUCAUCAGGUUCUACCACUGUUUGAGGACAAAUUCACAUUCUAUGAUGACGAAAAGGUGGAAAAAGCUUUCAACAUGGUGCUCAAGAAAUCUGAAUGUCAUCUAGAGGAGUCUCGGAGCAGCCUGGCAUAA